AAAAUUACUUGGACAACGGAAAGUAGCUUGUUAGUUAGAUAGGUUGUCGCACUGAAUAUUUAAUUCGCUUUUGUUAUGUAUAACGGUAAAUGACAAAUAUAAAAAACUGUUUUUUAUUCUAUGCAUUAAAUUUGUUGUUCCGUGGUGCGGUGAAUUGGGAUAACUUUUAACGACAACAUAUUUGGGAUACGCUCAAAAGUCGAACAUGGACUGGGGGACGGAUCUGUGGGACCAAUAUGAUGUCAUUGAAAAACACACACUGUCUGGGCUGGAGCUGGUGGACAAAUACAUUAAGUUUGUUAAGGAACGGACGGAAAUUGAGCAGAACUAUGCCAAGCAACUACGGAAUCUCAGUAAGAAGUACAGCCCCAAAAGAAGCAGCAAAGAGGAGCAGGAAUGCAGGUUCUCGAACCACCAGUCCUUCGUGGAAAUCCUGAACGAGAUGAGCGACUAUGCGGGCCAGCGGGAGCUGGUGGCCGAGAACAUGAUGAUGAAUAUCUGCAUCGAGCUCAGCAAGUACCUGCAGGAGCUCAAACUGGAGCGCAAGACGCAUCUGUCGGAUGCCAAAAAGGCACAGCAGUCUCUGGAGAGCACCUACAAGCAGCUGGACAAUAGUAAAAAGCGCUUUGAGAGGGAGUGGAAAGAGGCAGAGAAGGCCGCCCAGUAUGCAGAAAAAACAGAUCAGGACAUCAACGCUACGAAAGCUGACGUAGAGAAGGCCAAACAGCAGGCACAUAUGCGUGCACACAUAGCAGACGACUGCAAGAACGACUACGCAGCCCAGCUGCAGAAAUAUAACAAGGAGCAGAACCAGUUCUACUUCACCCACAUGCCUCUGAUAUUCAAUAAGCUGCAGGACAUGGAUGAGAGGCGCGUGCGGAAGCUCGUGGAGGCCUACACACUGUUUGCCGACACGGAGAAGCAUGUUGCGCCCAUCAUCGGGAAAUGUCUGGAUGGCAUCACCAGGGCGGCCUCCAACAUCAACGAGAAGAAUGACUCCCUGGUCCUGAUAGAGCAGCACAAGUCGGGCUUCGAGCGCCCCAGCGAUCUGGAGUUUGAGGACUACAGCCAGGGCAUCAACCGCGCCUCGUCCGACAGCAGUCUGGGCACGCCCAAGGGCCCGCUGGACCUGCUGGGCAGAAAUAAGAGCAAACCCUUCUGGUUGUUCAAAAAGAGCAAGCCUUCCUCCUCCCCACUCACACCCUUCUCCGCACCCAUGGCCCCUUCGCCCACUAACGGUCCCCCCUCCCCCAAGUUUACCCGGGACCCCCUGUCGUACUGUCUAAAGGAGAUCAAUAAGACAGUCAAACCUCGAAUCUCCUCCUUCCGGACCCUGCGCAGAACGCCGGCUGCCACGGAGGACUUUGGCCAUCUCCCUCCGGAGCAGCGCAGGAAGCGGCUGCAGCAGAAGAUCGAUGACAUCAGCAAGGAGCUACAGAAGGAGCUGGAUCAGAGUGAGGCACUGGGGAAGAUGAAGGACGUGUAUGAGAAGAAUCCUCAGAUGGGAGACCCUGCCAGCCUGGCCCCACAGAUCACCCAGACGACCCACAACAUCGAGAGGCUCCGUGGGGAUCUCAACAAAUAUGAGUCGUGGCUUGCAGGAGCUGGGGGUCGAGGAGAAUCAUUCCGUUACUCCACUCACUCACUAAACAACAACGAUGGCCACAAUGCCUACAGUCCGGAUGGGGCCCACUCAGACGAGAGCACCCCAGAUGCCUCGCAGGCCAUCUACACUGAGUUUGAUGACGACUUUGAGGAAGAGGACCCCUCCACUCCCAUUGGCCAGUGUACAGCACUCUACAGUUUCCCAGGCUCCAGCGAGGGGACCAUCUCCAUGCAGGAGGGGGAGGUGCUCGCUGUAGUGGAAGAGGACAAGGGGGACGGCUGGACGCGCGUGCGGCGGAGCAACGGCGACGAGGGCUAUAUCCCCACCUCCUACGGCACCAUCGCGCUCAACAAGUGACCCGCUGACCCCCGACCCCCAACCCAGUCGCCCCCAACACGGAUGCUUCGCAGCGGCAUUCGGAGCAGCUCAUCGUCACGCCUCAUUGUCUGGCACUGGGGGAGAGGGAGAGGGGGAGAACGAGAACUGGGAAGUGAGAGAGAGAGAGAGAGAGAGAGAGAGAGAGAGAGACAGAGAGAGAGAGAUGAAGGAUGCUGUUGGCUGCUUGGCUCUGGCAGCUCAGCCACUAAGAGCAUUGAAAAAUGCUGGAUCCCGCCUCCUUUUCUGCUCAACGCAACAUCUGGCUUCCUGUGAGAGUGGUUGUGUAUGAAAUCCUUUGCGGGUCUUUGUCUUUGAGACAUCUCAGCCAUUCGUGCUCAUCAGAGAGAAACACUUGAGGAUGAUGUUUGGCGAACAGGAAGUACACGUGACGCAAAGGGCGUGCGUGUGUGCGUGCGCGGCGAGAAUUGUAAGCGUGCGAUCAGCUUGAUUGCUGCCAUGUCAUCUCUGAUCAGGACGAAACUGAUGAACUCUGACCACAGCACCCUCUCGCUGUCCCAGUGGGAAACAUGCUGACCUCGGACCUCCUUUACACUUUCAGUUUUAUCGCUCUGAUGGACAAACACGGCACACGCACGGGCCAACAAGCACCACUCUUGCGAAUGCUUGCCUAUGUGUGCAGUUAUUUAGUGUGCGAGAGGGAGAACGAACACAAUAUAAACCAGAUAAGGUCAAACAUUUCUGUAUUUAGAAAAUCUUUUUUUAUUGAGUAUUAAGAAAUACUAUUUCAAAACUGUCUAAACAAUCACAGUCCACAAUUAAGUAUAUAUAGAUGUUAUUAAUUUCCAGUCAAAUUGCAAAGAUGGGUGGGGUUUUUUUUGUUUUUUGGUUUUUUUUUUUGCUGCAAAAUCCCAAUAUUAUAUGAUCAUAUUUAUUAUUUUGGGUUUUUUUUUUUUUUUUUUUUGGAAGCAUAAAUGUGUGGUCACACUUCCAUAUUUCUGACAGCAAAAACACUUUUAUCAAUGGUUUAUGAACAUGUAAAUAAAAAAAAGGAACUAAAAUUGUGUAACACUUAGGACUUUCAUAUUUAUAUAUAGGAAAUAAUAUAUUUUAGCUAUCACAACACCACUAUUGUCUUACUAGCUUUUUACCCUUAAGGAAUAAAGAUUGUGUAGGCCAGGCUGAUUUCUGUAUACAGUAGGUAAGGUGAGGAACACACGACUGGAUAUGUGCUUUUGUAGCUUGUCAACUGAGCCGGCUUUUGUACUCUACGUGACAGGUAGGUUCUAAUGUUCAGGUGCCUUCUAGCUAAGCAAUGUGCAUGCAGCAUUUACACUACAAAUUGCCUACUGUCUCUAGGGACUUUAUAAAUGUCAAGCACAUUCCCAAACUGAA